UUCCUCUAGCGUCGGGUUUCUCCAGCGCACUGGUAUUUAAAUCUGAUGCACUGGGAAGCCUGUGGACGCCUGUCAUCGUGAGUGUAUCUGCUCUACUGGAGGAUUUGGCACUCGUUUCUUUCAUAAUAGAAAUUGUAUCUCUUGCAUUUGCUCAGUAAUACAUUGUAUCUUCUAGCGGCGCGCGCUUUUAUUCCAACAAUCCUGAAUGAAAUGCUGCGUGCUUGGCCAUGUUUUCAACCGUGACAUAUAAGCAGAAUAUUAUAUAAUGCAUCAUUAUCAUUUUGUAAUUAUGGUCUAGCCAUUUGUGCGUUUUGUGUCGUGAGUGGCCUAUAGAGACAAGGGGACAGUUUCAAUGGACUCUUAAAAACAUCGACGUCAGUUCAAAUCCAUUCAUUUGAAUAGGUCUUCAGCUCGUUUGUGCAUAUUGUGAAAUAAUAAUACAAGGGGAAAAAAACAGAUAUAUCGUCUACGGUUGCCUAUACUCGAGUUGCAUCAUGUUCAGCUGGUUGGGUACCGAUGACAGGAGGAAGAGAGAUCCAGAGGUCUUCCAGACUGUCAGUGAAGGACUCAAGAAGCUUUACAAAACCAAACUGCUCCCACUGGAGGAACACUACAAAUUCCACGAGUUUCACUCACCCGCUUUGGAGGAUGCAGAUUUUGACAAUAAGCCAAUGGUACUCCUGGUGGGACAGUAUUCCACUGGCAAAACCAGCUUCAUAAGAUAUCUUCUGGAGCAGGACUUCCCUGGCAUGCGGAUCGGUCCAGAACCAACAACUGACUCCUUCAUAGCAGUGAUGCACGGCACCAUGGAGGGACUAAUACCAGGAAACGCUCUGGUAGUGGAUCCCAAAAAACCCUUUCGGAAACUCAAUGCCUUUGGCAAUGCCUUCCUUAACAGGUUUGUGUGUGCCCAGCUGCCCAACCCUGUUCUGGAGAGCAUCAGUGUGAUUGACACCCCAGGAAUCCUGAGCGGAGAGAAACAGAGGAUCAGCAGAGGCUACGACUUCGCUGCUGUGUUGGAGUGGUUCGCGGAACGCGUGGACCGCAUCAUUCUGCUGUUUGACGCCCAUAAGCUGGACAUCUCAGACGAGUUCUCAGAGGUCAUCAAGGCCCUCAAGAACCACGAGGACAAGAUCCGCGUUGUGCUCAACAAGGCCGACCAGAUCGAGACGCAGCAGUUAAUGCGCGUCUAUGGCGCCCUCAUGUGGUCGCUGGGGAAGAUUGUCAACACACCUGAGGUGAUUCGUGUCUACAUCGGCUCUUUUUGGUCACAUCCAUUACUGAUUCCAGACAAUCGCAAACUGUUUGAGGUGGAAGAGAAAGACCUGUUCAAGGAUAUCCAGUCGCUGCCCCGUAACGCCGCCCUUCGCAAACUCAACGAUCUGAUCAAAAGAGCUCGUCUUGCUAAGGUCCAUGCAUACAUCAUUAGCUCCUUGAAAAAAGAGAUGCCCACAGUCUUUGGGAAGGACAACAAAAAGAAGGAGCUGAUUAACAGCUUGGGCGAGAUCUACAGCCGCAUUGAGAAGGAGCACCAGAUUUCCCCGGGAGACUUCCCUAAUCUUAAGAAAAUGCAGGAGCAGCUUCAAGCACAUGAUCUGAACAAGUUCCAUCCUCUGAAAAUGAAGCUGUUGGACACCGUGGAUGACAUGCUGGCCCACGACAUCGCCCAGCUUAUGGUUCUGGUGCGCCAGGAGGAGACGCAGCACCCUAACCAGGGGGUGAAGGGCGGUGCCUUCGAGGGAACCAUGAAUGGGCCAUUCGGACACGGUUAUGGCGAGGGAGCCGGCGAGGGCAUUGAUGAAGUUGAAUGGGUGGUGGCUCGUGACAAACCUAUGUAUGAUGAAAUCUUCUACACUCUCUCACCCGUCAAUGGAAAAGUGACUGGAGCCAAUGCCAAGAGGGAGAUGGUGAAGUCCAAGCUGCCCAACACUGUGCUGGGUAAGAUCUGGAAACUGGCUGACAUUGAUAACGAUGGGAUGCUCGAUGACGAGGAGUUCGCCCUGGCCAAUCAUCUGAUCAAGGUCAAACUAGAAGGUCACGAGCUUCCGAGCGAACUGCCCGCUCAUCUUGUGCCACCCUCCAAAAGAAAGGUCCCAGAGUAAGAUUGGUUUGGAGUUGGGAUGGAUUUUGGGAAAGCAUAUAGUUUGAAUUUAGGUUGCAGCUGAAUUAUUGAUGGCUGGACAGCUGUUAUUAUUAUUCUUUGAUAUGUGCGGUAUAAGCUUCACUAGCAAGAAUGGAUUUAAAAAUAUGACCCACCUCACAUCUUUUGACUUGUGUUUGUAAUUUUUUGUUUAGUUUUCUUUUAUUUUUCAUGAACAAAUUGUGCUGUCUACAGUUUUUAAAAAUGUUUUAUGUGUGCUUUCAGAUUUUAAGUCUUUGAAUAUCAUCUGUUCAGCUGUCAUGACUAUAGCACUGUGUCCUAACCAGACAUGUUGCGAUAAAAGAUAUUAAAUGUAAAAAAGUUUGUUUUUCCGAUCGCUUGAUUUCAGUUUCUGUGACAAAUUGCUUGCUAGCCUUUCCUACAGUGAAAUUUCAUUGGUUAAAAAAAAAUCUACUGUAUGUAAUUACAUUAAACAUUAUCUUCUGAUCGGUUGUCAUUGUGUCCGGUUAGGACACACUAACAUUCUUUCACAAAUGUAUUUCACUUUCACACUCACUUUACACUACUAUUCAAAUGUCAAGAGUCAAUACAUUGCUUUUGAAUGUCUCUUACGCUUACAAAGACUGCAUUUAUUUUGAUCAAAGCUAUAGUGAAAACAGUAAUAUUGUGAAAUAAUAUUACAAUUCAAGACAACUAUUUUCCAACUGAAUCUAUUGUGAAAUGUAAUUUAUGAUUAUGAUGGAAAAUCUGAAUUUUCAGAAGCCGUUACUUCAGUUGCCAGCCGUCUUCCAUGUCACAUGAUCCUUCAGAAAUCCCAAUAUCACUGAACCCGAACUUUUGAACAGUAGUGACCUGUGUCUGAGGAGAGGCGAGACAUCAAUGCAGAAAACAUGAAUCUAUAUUCUUAAUCUUUGUAUCAGUAUUCUAUUGUUAAAAUGGAGCAAGAAAAGCAAAAUUCCUUUUAGAAGUAGGUGUAACUGUAUUCUCUUCUCGUUAAGGCAGCAUCUUUAAUGAAUGCGAGUCCUUUCUAGCCUGACCAAGAGACUGUUAAAACUGUAUAGGCCGUCACGUCAGAAGAUUCAAUGUUUAGUGUUCUUGAUGGACCCGUAGAGCUAGUAUCCUUGUCAGUAGUCUACUCGUUAAAGCCUAAAAUGUCUAAACUAACUAGGGUAAUAGUGUUUAAAUAAUUCCUGUCUGAUUUCCAAAGAAUCAAAAAGAAUGUUGCUGCAAAAUGGCUUUAUUCAAGUGAUCUCUUUCUGAGCGUUUUUGCAUUUACAUGCUCAUAGAAAGAGCAGUGGCUUUGGAUUUAAAUGGGUAUUUAGUCAUAUUACUUUAUUAUAUCAACAUUUAAUGAACUCUAUACCUCUGUUUCCAUUUCCACCCCUUGCCAAGCAGUUAUCUAGAGCUGUCGCAUUUUCUCAUGCAGAUUUUUAGGAUCUAAACGUGAAUUGAUAAAAUUUUAUGCACUGAACUAAAUGGUCUUUAUAGGGGUAAUUUACUCAGAAAAUUAUACUUCUGUCACUGUUUUCUCACCCUUGUGUCAUUUCAAAUGGUUGUUUAAAAAAAAGGAGAUUUUUAGCAAAAUAGUCACACUGCUCAUUUCUACACAAGCUCAAAAAAUUACCAUAAAAGUAGUUAGAUAUGACUGAUAUACUAUAUUCCAAGUCUUCUGAAGCCAUGUGAUAGCAUUGUGGAAAGAAAAGGCUCAAAUUUAAACUAUUAUAUGCUGAAAAUUGCCAUAUUUGUACAUAUUGAAAUUUGGCUUUCAAGAUAUAGUUACAAGAUAUACUGACAUUUGGUGUCAUUGACAUUAAAGGGACAGUUCACCCCAAAAUAAAAAAUCUGUCAUCAUUUACUCACCCUCAUGUUUUUUCAAACCUGACUUUCUGCAGAACACAAGAGAAGAUGUUUUGAAGCAUGUUGGGAACUAAACUGUUUCGGUUCCAUUGUAUGGAAAAAAAAAAAAGCAAAGUCAAUCGGUGGAAAGCGAAAGGGUUUAGUUAUCAACUUUCUUCAGAAAUAUUCUUCUGUGUUCAGUAGAAAAAAAAGAAAAAGAAAUGGAACGACAUGAGAGUGAGGUGACAUUUUUGGGUGUACUAUCCCUUUUUUUAACGAAUGGACGACAGGAUUUUAACUUUGUUUUGUGUACUGUUCCUUUAAAUCUGAUUUGCUUUGAUCUGGAUGCCCAUUUACGUAGAUAAAAUAUCUCCACUGAUAUCUAACUAAACCUAUCUAUCUAAGCCUGUUUAGUCAAUCAAUCAAUACUAUAAGCUGCCUCUGUGCCUUGAGACACCCGCCUCAAUCAGAUUUGUGACACUAGAGAUGUCAUAUUCUAUAAUACCAUUACAUGCUCAUAAAAUAAACUGACAUUCUUCAAAGACGCAGUUUGAUGUAAGUCUCAAAUGAAAACAAAUCCAGAUUUGCUCAUAAUGUUUGCACAUCAACAUUUUUUUAUUUUUUUUAUUUUGGGCGGGGGGCAUAAUGUAGGGUUGUACAUUCAUGUGUUUGACCAAGUAUGUACAUGUAUAUGAGUGCAAUAUUGUUCGCAAAAUGUAUUGUGAAGUUGUCUGUGUACGUGUGCUUGUUGUGGACAAACUAUAUGAGACACUGUUCAAAGACGUGGACAUUAAAGAUUAAACAACUUAAUAAAGAUCUAACUCAA